AAGGAGAAUCAAAAAUCACCACUGGAGUUCCGAGCGCUUGCUUUUCACCACCGGACCCCACAAUCCCAAUCAUUCGUUUUUAACUCCUCGUUGCCAAUCCUCACCAGAUACCCCUUUUGUUAGUAGUCCGUGAGAUAGUUUGGCGCCAUGGAGGGACAAUUUGACGACGCCGCACAAGAUCGAGUGCGUGCCGCCGUCGAGUUCCUCGACCCAAGUGAUGCUAGAGCGCGCAGUUAUCGAGCUGAUAUCCUGUUGAUGUUGAACCGGGGAUUGCGCCGAUUGAUAGUUAGCAUCGAUGAAAUCCGAGCGCAUAACCGUGAAAUGGCCGAUGGCCUUCUCACAUCGCCUUACGAACACGCCGAAGCCUUCGAAAAAGCCCUCAAAGAGAUUAUCAAGACCUUGCCGCAACGGCCGUCCAGGGAAACGGCAGAUGACGUGAACUACCAUUGCGGUUUUGUCGGCGCAUUUGGAGAAUUUUCUUGCAACCCUAGGACGUUGGGAUCUUCCCAUUUGAACCGGAUGAUCUCCCUCGAAGGUAUUGUCACAAAGUGCUCCUUGGUCCGUCCCAAGGUCAUACAGAGUGUGCAUUGGAGCGAACGCGGCCAGAAGUUCCUCACGAGGAAAUACGUCGAUGCGACCAUGACCGCCAGUGGGGCCACGAGCAUGAGCAUCUAUCCCCAGGAAGACGACGAGAAGAAUCCGCUCGUCACAGAGUACGGUUUCUCCACGUAUAUGGAUCACCAGACGAUCUCGAUUCAAGAAAUGCCCGAGAGAGCCCCGGCUGGCCAACUGCCUCGAAGCGUGGAUGUGAUCGUUGACGAUGAUUUGGUUGAUCGCGCCAAACCAGGAGACAGAAUUCAGUUGGUGGGAAUCUACCGCUCUCUGGGUAACCGGAACGCAUCCUCCACCUCUGCGACGUUCCGCACACUUGUCCUAGCAAACAACAUCAUUCAGCUGUCCUCGAAGUCCGGCGGAGGAAUCGCGCAGGCAACCAUCACCGACACCGACAUCCGCAACAUCAACAAGGUUUCCAAGAAGAAGGGCGUCUUCGAAUUGUUGUCACACUCUCUUGCCCCUAGUAUAUAUGGACACGACUACAUCAAGAAGGCGAUCUUGCUUAUGCUGUUGGGUGGUAUGGAGAAGAACCUGGACAACGGCACACAUCUGCGUGGUGAUAUCAACAUUCUCAUGGUCGGUGAUCCGUCCACUGCCAAGUCUCAGCUGCUUCGUUUCGUCUUGAACACCGCCCCGCUUGCAAUUGCGACUACCGGUCGAGGAUCUUCCGGUGUCGGUCUUACAGCUGCCGUCACAUCCGACAAGGAGACUGGCGAGCGGAGACUUGAGGCCGGUGCAAUGGUUCUUGGUGAUCGUGGUGUGGUCUGUAUUGAUGAGUUCGAUAAGAUGAGUGAUGUCGAUCGGGUGGCUAUCCAUGAAGUAAUGGAACAGCAAACAGUCACAAUCGCGAAGGCCGGUAUCCACACGAGUUUGAACGCCCGGUGCAGUGUCCUGGCAGCUGCCAACCCGAUCUAUGGACAAUAUGACCCCCACAAGGACCCCCACAAGAACAUCGCACUGCCAGACUCUCUGCUGUCGCGUUUUGAUUUGCUCUUCGUUGUGACGGAUGAUAUCGAGGAUUCCAGGGACAGAAUGGUCUCGGAGCAUGUUUUGCGUAUGCACCGCUACCGCCAGCCCGGCACCGAGGAAGGCGCUCCUGUUCGCGAGCAGCUUCAUCAAACACUCGGUGUCGGCCUCGAGGACACUCAAGACUCAAACCAACCGACUGACGUUUACGAGAAGUUCAAUGUCAUGCUGCACGCCGGCAUGGCCAACAUGAGCCGGAGCAAGGGAAAGAAUAUCGAGAUUCUGAGUAUCCCCUUCAUCAAGAAGUACAUCCAAUACGCCAAAUCCCGAGUCAAGCCUGUCUUGACCAAGGGAGCCGCUGACCACAUUGUCACAACCUAUUCUGCUCUGAGAAACGACGAGCUGUCCGGUAACCAGCGCAGAACAUCCCCCAUCACCGCUCGUACCCUGGAAACUCUGAUCCGUUUGUCCACGGCUCACGCCAAGUCACGCCUCUCCAACAGAGUUGAGGAGCGGGAUGCAAAAGUUGCAGAGUCCAUCCUUAGGUUCGCCAUGUUCAAGGAAAUCCUUGAAGAUGAGCGCCGGAAGAGAAGAAAGGUCGCUUCAUUCGACGAAGAUUCCGAGAGCAGCGAAUCCGAUUCUGAUGACGACAAUACCCCGGCACAAACGUCUAGCGCUACCCCUCGAUCCAUCAGGAGAACCGGCCUGCGAACCCGUGGAGCCAAUGCUCGUUCUGGCACAAACGAGGACACGGAAAUGGACGCGGACGGAGAUGCUGUCUCCGAGGAUGGGGAUGGUUUGUACAGUUCCAGCCCUCGCGGUCAACGGCUCCGUUCUAGUCAAACAACCCGCACGCAGACACAGACACAGAGCCAAUCCCGGAUGUCUGUGGCUUCAUCUCAGCCCGAAUCACAGCUCGUCCAAUCCCAGACGGACAACUCGCAGUCGCAGACGGCUAGUGCUUCAUCUCAACCGAUCCAGCCCGCUCGCUUGAUGGUCUUCCGCCAAGCUCUGGGCCCGCUGAUGGGCACUCGACUAUUCACUCAUGGUGAUACCGCCGACGUCGAAGCACUCAUUGGAGCCGUGAACACUGCGCUGCGCAGCACACCCUCGCUCGGCGAGCCACACGUCUUCCAGCGAGCGGAAGCAAUCCAAGCCCUGAGGGCUAUGAACGAGAGAAACGAAUUGAUGUACCUCGAAGGUGACGAAACCAUCUACAGAAUUUAAUCAAAAACCAAUGGAGUUCAUUCAACAAGAUCACACGACAUAGAAAUGGAAAUGGAUACUUGACUGCGGAAUCCGGACAGCGCAUGCGCAUGAUUUUUCUUUAUUCUUCGGGCCCGAAUACAUAAAUCUCUCUUUAUUAAUGAACGAAUCGUUUGGCGUCUUGGAUAGUUUUCUUUUUCUUUUAUUCCUCUCAAUAUCAUUUCUUUUGCUCGAAUCUUACGGAGUACUAGUCCAUAGUUACCAUCGAAUCAAUGUACGACCCCUGACAUUAGGCCCGG